AUGAGUCAGAAGGACCUCGAGACCGCGCACAUAAAGUCAUCUGGAACUAAAAGCAAGAUACUAAAAGCCUCUGUAGAACCACAGCGCAUCGAACAACAAGCUGAAGAUCUGCGCGAUCACAUGACGGCCACGCGUCCAGAGCUUUUGCCGCUAUUAAGAUUUUUGCCAAUAUCAACGCGGAUUUGGAACCUGCAGAUGCCCUCCGAAGCCGUGGCACUAAGUGCACUGCUACAGGAUCGAUUGCUGUGUCUACCCGAGCUCAACCGUAACUCACCGUGCUACAGCGCACGUGACAUGGUACUGCUGUAUACAAAGAUCAAGUACCUGGAAACUUUUUCCCAAGCUGAGUUGGCCGAUUACACCAAUGCCGCCGCCAAUACCGCUUCGUUACUUGAGAUAGCGGCCACGGUGCGAAAACGGCAGGAAGAAGUACGUCUUGUGAGUCAAUUAGCUUGUGUAGAAAAUAAUAACGAACUUUUUUCGAGACUUGCCAUGCUACUGCACAUUUCGUGCCAUGGUGACUCUUGGAAUGAAAUCGUCAAGUUUGCAGGCAACGCACUCCCGUUUGCAGAACAGACAGAGUCACUGCUAAUGCAUGGAUCCGAUGACAGAUCCACAUUGUGUCCGUUGACCAAGACUAACAAGUACAAUGCGUCUACAAUUCCCUUUGCCACAGACGUAGCGCGUGGAAGCUGCACUUGUUCAAGUGUAACGCUGGAAGCCUUUGAACUGUGCGAAAAGAUGCGUCAGGAGCUUUUACUAAACUCAUUUUCCAUCAACCCGAACGCCAAAAGCUCCAAUGCGCUCUUUGACACUAAGAUGUGUGAAGUGCGAUCGCGCGUGGCUGCUUGUCUUGAUGUCUCGAACUUGGUACGCAAUAAUCAAAUGAGAAUUCUACUGUCGCCAUCGGGAACAGAUGCAGAACUGUUGGCGACAGUGGCAGGACUUGCAAGAUUUUUUUCAGGACUGGGGGAAGAAGAAAAUUUACCUGGAGGCGUAGGACCAGAGCAGUGCAGAGUGACAAGUAUUAUCACAGCAGGUGGCGAGAUUGGCCGCGGCUCAAUCGAUGCGUCUAAUGGUAAACAUUUCAGCCAUUUGACGCCAAGUGGAAAAAGUGGUGCGAUUGGGCAAGCAUUAAACAAUUUCCCAAUCAAUCUUGUAAAUGUCGUGAGCAUGCCGGCUCGAAACGACGGAGGUGACAUCAACAGCAUCGAUACCGACGUCCGGGAAUUAAUACAGGAGCGACUCGAUUGUGGUGGAGGCGUAGUUUUACUGCAUGUUGUCGUCGGAACAAAGACGGGGUUCUCUUGUCCUUCAAUGCCCUUAGUAGACGCUCUUGCCACUCAAUAUCCCAAUCGACUGCUAGUAGUUGUGGAUGCCUGUCAGAUGCGCGUUCAUCGAUUGUUGUACCCUGAAUGGCUUGCAAAGGGUUACAUAGUGCUGGCUACAGGCUCGAAGUUCUUUGGUGGCUCUCCUUUUUGCGGUGCUGUGCUCAUGCCUAUGCGUUGCGUUCGAGAAAUGGAAGCAGUCGCAUCUGGACGCCAUUCGGAAGUGGCGAUCCCGGAUGGUUUGAAGAGUUAUUUUUCAAGGCAUGAAGUGCCCGAGGAUAUGCACAAUUUCCGUGAAAGGCUAGGAAGAAAAAUGAAUGUCGGACUACUUCUUCGAUGGGAGACUGCGCUGUUCAACAUGGAACCUUUUUGUCGUAUCCCCCCUGAAGACGUCGUAGCUAUUUGUGAGUUGUACAUGAAUACUUGUAGAACGAAGGUACAAUCGUCUUGGAAAAGCAUGGUUGAGCUGCUCGCCGUACCAGCAUCAACUGAAGUCAGCCGUGGAGAUAUAUUGGCACCAAUAGAUUCUAUUCUAUCAUUUAAAGUACGCGAUAAAGAUGGCACAUUCCUCAACAUGGCGGCUCUCAAGACACUACACACGCUGCUCUCCAGGGAUUUGUCAGACGUCUUGCCGAAUGAUGUCAUGGCAAAAAAGCGUUGUUUGCUAGGUCAGCCAGUAUUGCUUGGCAAAAAUGGGGCUGUCAUUCGAAUUGCGAUGGGAGCGGACAUGGUGAACCAAGUUUAUGCUCGCGGUAAGGGCGAAGGCAGUUUUCAUGGUGCCAUAGCCUCUCUGUCUCAAGAUGACGAAGCUAUUAUGAGCAAAAUUGCGCUUAUUCUGCGCCACUGGGAGGUGUUAAAUCACACCUACUUUAAUAAGCGCGUUGAGACGGCUUUAUUGGAGCCGUUGAAGCCACUAAGCAAUUUAAACUUCAGCGUCAAAGAUUCUGCGGUCGCACGAGUGGUGCAGUAUCUGGUUAAAAAUCGUAUACUGGCGCACGGAAUGACUUCGGAAGACGAGACUAAGCUUGCUGUCAUUUACGACUUGGAAGCCGUCGAUAUGGCAUUUCAGACACUUCUAUGCUCUUUUCCAGUGCAUUUUGAACACCGCUUUGCAAUGAAAUCGUGUCCCCUAUCAUUUUUUAUUAAAAUGGCGAUCAAAAACAAUAUUGGGCUCGAGUGUGCAUCAAUUGUCGAAGUGAAACACGCAUUGCGAUUAGGUUGUCCACCUCAUCGUAUUGUAUUUGACAGUCCGUGCAAAACCCGUCGCGAUCUGUUAUUUGCCUUAAACGCCGGUGUGGAAGUCAAUGCUGACAAUUUUGAUGAGCUCGAAAUCAUACGCGAACAUGCUGAUGCAAUCUUCCAGUCCAGCUUUCCUGAAUGCACUCCACGCAAUGCAGGACAUUUGCCUCGAAUUGGGCUGCGCGUCAAUCCGCUGCUUGGAGCAGGAAACAACGCCUGCCUCAGUGUUUCGACAGUACACUCCAAGUUUGGUGUGCCACUCACAAAGAAAAACCGCGCUAAGAUUAUCGCCUUUUACUGUGCAAACCCGUGGAUGACAGGCUUGCACGCUCACGUUGGAUCCCAAGGGUGCUCACUCGAGAUGCUAUCGCAGAGUGCCGUUAUGCUAAAUGAGCUGGCGAAUGAGAUUGACGCAGCUGCUGGGACUAGUAAAGUAGAAGCAUUAAAUAUCGGUGGCGGCUUGCCGGCCAACUUUGAUAACGAGAACGUGACUCCAACGUUCGCCGACUAUGUGGCAAUUCUUCGUCGUAAGGCACCGCAAUUGUUUAAGCACACCAGUCGCACAAUUCUAACCGAGUUUGGAAGCAGCGUCAGCUCGAAGACAGGGUGGGUCGUCAGCGAAGUUGAAUAUGUCAAAGAACAUUCUUACGUGGACAACAACGACCUCAUCCAAACUGCUAUCAUUCAUGCGGGAUCGGAUCUCUUUCUACGUGCAUGCUACCGACCCGAGAUCUUUGCCCAUCGGAUGUCUGUUUUUGACUCUAGUGGCGUAGCCUCUACGGCCCCAAUAUCUCUUCAGAAUGUUGCAGGACCCUUGUGUUUUGGUGGUGAUAUCGCUGGUCGGCGGAUGAAAUUGCCUACCAUUUCGCGCGGCGAUUUCGUCGUGAUCCACGAUACUGGAGCUAACACAAUGUCGAUGUUUAGCCGCCACUGCAGCCGUCCUGCGCCAGCUGUCUUCGGCUACCGCGAAAGCGGUAAAGAGAUUUCUCUGCAGCUACUUAAGCCAGCAGAAACUGCUGAGGAAGUUCUAAGCUUCUGGGAAUAG